UCCCUUUCUUUUCUCCUCCUAAUUUCUCCUGGCCAUGAAGGCAGCAGCAGAGCAUCUGUAAGAGCAGGAUGCUGAGGAGGACCAGUGGCAAAGAUCUCUUCCUCUUGGGUACUCUAAGGAUGCUACCCAGCUAAAAGAAUGGUGGGCACUCAGGGCUCGUUCUCUGGUCCCAUGGGAUUUGCUUGUUUCCAUGCAAACUUCUCUUCCAACAUGAAAUGUCGGAUGGGGCUUCCCGUGUACAUUGCCAUCUGCUUUGUUCUUCUGAGCCUCUGCAGCUUGCAAUCUCUUGCCUUUCGAAGUCCAGAGGGAAGGCACAUAAGAGGACUGCAAAGAUCCUUACCAGAAGGCUUAGAAGACACGGCCAAUGGGAGCAUUUCAAGCCAAGAAAGUAACUUCAGCUCACCUUUGCAAACAGCCAGUACUCCUGUCUCCAAAAGGCUGUAUGGAGACUCAGCAGAACCAUCUGAGAGUUCGAUGUACACAGCCACCACCAUUAAAACAACAUUGCAAAGCAUUUUGGGUGUCUCAGGUUUCUUGGGACGCCAGAGUUUGGAUGUUUACAGCACUGUAGAGACAGGGAUUGGUGAAAGCAAAAGGCAGUUCCAUACUAGUGGACCCAAUAAGGAGCUGAGUCAGAAUGGACCAGCCAAGGCCACAGCGGUGACUGCUCCAGUUUUUAACAUACAUGGAGAUCUCCCGAGCAGUGCCACAAGAGAGACAGCUAGUGAUGGUGGAGCAAGACCUACCUCUACAGGGAAUCCAUAUGGGGAUGUUUUUAUGCCCAUUAUCCCAGAAGGAGGAAAAAGGAUCAGCGAUUCAGCGACCGCCCAACCAACCAUGCAAGGAAAAAUGGCAAGUUUUCCUGGUACAAUGGCCAGUGAUCACACCACAAACCCUUCCCCUCCAAUUCGCCAGUCGGUAGGUUCUGAGCAAACACCAAACAGAGAUGGACUCUUGGUUUCAGCAAGCGCAGGUUCUAUUGCAAAGCCCACUGAUGGCAGUAGAGGUUUGGAAGUGGAAGUCUCUGAUAGUCAGGGCCACUCAAAAUGGGCCCCUGGCACUCCUACAAGUGUUCCUGCUGCGGUGCCACUGAGCGACGACUGGGAUGAUACAAAACUGGUACCCGGCAGUCAAGCAAGAGCUAUGCUGCCAGAGGCAGCAAACCAGCUCCAUGUGGUCACUGAACUUUACCCGCCAGCAGAAAGAGAAAAAGAAGAAGAAGAUGAUGAUGUGAAAAGGGUCCCACCACCAAGAAUUUUGGCAAUCCCAGCAAAAGAAAGCAAAGGUGCUGAGGUUGGCUCAGACUUGGCAUCUACACAGGUGGGAGAAUCCGCUACUCUCUCAGCCAGUCUGGAUUUUGUCCAUGGUACUCAUCCAUCAGUGAAGGCUGAAGAUGCUGCUGGAAAUAUGGGGGGAAAGGCAGGCCCAGUUGUGACAAACCAUCCCAGGUCGAUUCCCGAGACUGCUACCACAACCGACGUGACCAAAUCCGGUGUCUUCCAAACCCAAGGAGUCCCAUUAAGAGGCAUCACAAAAGAGGUAGCAACAACAUUUCACAACUUUGAUGACCUUUUACCGGGUGUGACACCUGGAGGCUCCAUUACCCAGGAGGCUACAGGACAACAUCAGGUGACAGAGGAAGAAAGAGAGACGGUAACCCCAAUUCCAACCAUUUCCAGCGUAUCCCCGCUGUUGAAGAAGUCAGAAAUCUCUGCAAGUACUGCAUCCCCUGUUGACACUCAUUUUAUUGUUGGUGAAACACUGGAUGCUACAGAGCGUGCCACAGCUCUAGGAAAGGUGGAGGUCACUUCCAUCGCUGAAGCGCCCACAUCUCCAGCUGAACUAAGAGUUUGGAAAGAAGAGAUUCUUGGAGCGAAUGAAGCCAUGGCUGCCCCACCUUCCUUGGUAUCAGCCACAAGGAAGACCACCGUUCCUGCCACGCACCAGAUAACCACAGCUGCUACCUAUGAGCUGGAUAGGCUGGAAUCAGAAGAGGAAGAGGAGGAAGAAGAGGAGGAAGAAGAAGAGGAAGAGGAGGAACCAGAUGAAGAGGAGGAGGAGGAGGAGGAAGAAGAUGAUAGUGAUGAUGAUAGAGACCUAAACUCUAUGGAUGGAGGUUUGGAUGGAAAUGCUGACCUGUCCAGUUUCACAAUUCCUGGAGAGACCUCACAAGAUCCCUUGGAAGAGCUGGAGAAUCCUGCGGGAGAGCUAUCUGGAGUCUCUUAUCAAGUGCCAAGUGCAAUUGAAUGGGAACAGCAGAACCAAGGGCUUGUGAGAAGCUGGAUGGAAAAGCUGAAAGAUAAGGCAGGUUACAUGUCUGGGAUGUUGGUGCCAGUGGGAGUUGGCAUCGCUGGAGCUCUUUUCAUCUUGGGAGCUCUCUACAGCAUCAAGAUUAUGAACCGCCGACGCAGAAAUGGAUUCAAGAGACACAAGCGAAAGCAGAGGGAAUUUAACAGCAUGCACGACCGAGUGAUGCUUUUAGCCGAUAGCUCCGAAGAUGAAUUUUGAAUCAGGCUGCAGUGCCGUGUCGUCCUACUCUCGAGUGACUCUCUCUUUCUUUCAAAGGAGGUGGGCCAAGAGAAGGCAUUUCUGCUGCAUCACAGCUGCCAAUCACAUAUCCGCACGGCAGUGGCAGUUUAUACAACCUGUCCCCAAAUGAAACCACACACAGACACCCACACCAAUAAGAGCAUGCUGCAGUGCAAGUGUAACACACAAUUAAGUUUUUUUUUAAGCCAAUACUAUGGUGGUGCAACUUCAUUGUUAUGUGCUGCAUGUCAUUCAGAGAUAAAGCAGACAACGGAUGCAGCAGCACAGAGGAUGGAUGAAGAUAACAAGUCCAUUAUUUUCCAUUUUGGUCAACAGUAAUUGAGCUGUCAUCAUUCUGGUUAUAGGUACUGGGGAAAGCCUUCAGUCCAGAUAAAUCCUUUUUCUUACUGGGAAGCAAUGUCUUUUAAAAUGUUGCAUUACCUGAGCUGACGUUUAUAGUUUCUAAAAUUAACAGCUUUGUUUAAUUAAUGAAGUGCCAUCUCGAAAUAGUCUAUCUCAUCAGCAAGGUAGUAACUAGAUAGAAUAUGAUCAACAGACACAGUGAUACAUAUAGGACAUUACACUUAGGGCUGAACUAGACAGUGAUGUGGAAAAUGCAUGACGCCUUUCUUUUUUUAAAAGUGGCAAAGUAGCUUUGAAGGAGGACGAAGGGAGCAGAAGAGCAGCUGGAAGGGUGCAGUUGUACUUUAUGCUUUGCCUACUUGUAACUUUUAUGUUCCCCCUUUCAGCUUUAUUUCACAUCCAUUGGGAAAGACAUGACGGACCUGCCUCUUUUUCCACAGAUGGGUGGGAUGUGUGCAUGUUCAUUUCUAUGGAAUAGAUGGCAGGAAGUGCAAGGGUUAAACAUUUCCUUCCACUUGCUGCACCUCUUCUUAAAAUGACAACUCCCCAAACCUGCUUUUCCAAGUUAAAGAAAAAUAGCAUUCACACAUUUUCCACGUUCCAUCUAAUUUGGCCUUCUAAGCAUGCUGGCUUUAGUGAGGACAGCAGAUUUAUCAUACAAGAUAAAUAACUAAUUGCUGCAGACUAGGGCUGGAAUCUGAUGCACACUGAUUGGAAGCAAGUCUUAUUCAGCUCCAUGAGAUGCGCAUAGGAUUGUGUGCUGUAAAGGUUGCACACCCAUAGGUGUACAUCAUUUGAUUAUUACUCAGCACUUGCAGCUGAAAAUGGCUGAAUGGUCUUCACUGUAUUUCAAGGUGGUAUGGAAGUCAUCUGUGGGUAUCUGCAGGGACUUGUCCAAACAUUCAGGUCAUCACAUCAAACCUGGUCCAGCAAGUGAUGUUCCCAAACUUUUGAUAGUUGGGGUGCGGUGCUGAUUUUGUUCCCUAUAUGAAAACUGGGAGGGCACCUUUCUUUUGUGCUCAGAAAGAGAGGGAUGUGUACAGUUUGGAAAUGUUGCUUUUUGGAUUCCAGUUCCCAGCAUGCCCCAGUCGUGGCAACUGGUCACUCAUUACUCAGCUUGAACAUGUAGGAUGUAGCUUCACAGGCCCAUAUUGGGAGGUUCUUGGGCUGUGGUUUGGUUCUCCUUGGUUUACACCAUGCAACCUCCUAGAUAUUGUUGCACUGCACCUCCCAGCAUCCCUUACUAAAGGUUGUGAUGGCCAGGGGUUCUGUGAUUUGCAGUCCAACAGCACCUGGAGGUCCCAUGAACCUUCCUGGUUUUCUAUACUGGCUAGCAGCAGCUCUCCAGGAUUUCUGAAAGGCUAAACUCAUGGUAUUUGGGGCUGAACUCUGGCAGUUUUAUAGGUGAAGCAGCUCUUCUCCCACUGAAUUGUGGGCAUUUGCCUGAUCACUGACAAGGGUAGGGGAAAUCUGACAGGUUUGGAAAAGGAACCUUUUGCAAGCUGUAAGAUAAGAGUAACAAAUGCGUUCAGCACAGGAGCUUAACAUUUUAAUAAAAUUUACAAGUACCCAAGAUAUACUUUUUGGGCUCCGUCCAAAGCUGAGUCCAAAGUCCAUUAUACAAGCUUUCAAAGCUUUCCUGGCUUCUCACUGCUUGUGGAUUUUUGAUUUUGUUGUAUUUUGCUGCACAGCCAGUAUAGCUAACCCUGAAUAUUUUUCCCCUUAAAAUUUCAAGGUGCUCUUCAGUUUUUUGAGCCAUGCUCGAAUGGUUUGGGAAUGACCGGCCAAAGAGUUCACUGACCUGUCCUUUGACAUUCAUUUCACAGCCCUUUGUCUUCCAUAGGUACGCUUGCGUGUGUCUCUUCCAUCAUUUGGAAACUCAUUUUAUUGGGUACGUUUUGGAGGGAAGGGUUUGUGACCCUUCCAAUUUGGGUGCAGAGAAGUGGAUUGGAGAAAGGGAGCCAAAGUGUGAAGAGUUAUGCUGUAAUGCACAGUAGUGCUAUCACUAGCAUUGGUAUCACCUUAAUGCAGUACCUCAUACUGUCACACCCAAACUGCUUGGCACACCCCCAGCCAGGCCAGUGGUCCCACAGGAGUAGAAUUGGACUGCUGAGGAAGAGAUACAGCCUCCUUAUUGUUGACAGGAAGGUGGACUAGGAUACCUGUGUCCUAGAUUAUUCUUCCUACCUUGCUUGCAGCUCCUGAAGGGGUCCAGCCAUCUGUCCAAACACAGUCCAGGCAGCCACCCAAAGGCUGGUUGCUACACAGCUGAUAGCAGAGAUGCAACAUUAGCUAAUGAGCAAGCAAACUAACAGAGCAGCUUACAGUCCAGCACUUACUUUGCUUAGCAAGCACAAGCCUUAAGUCCCAACCAAAGUUGAGUCACAAGCUUCAGGUCUGGCAACAGAGUUCAGCAAUAUCCAAGUCAAGUAAAUGGUAUCUGGUGCCAACAGCACUGCGUAGGUCGCACAGGAACAUGACAGGGAGCCAGGUAGGUCAGCCGUGGUGGCGCAGUGGUUAAAUGCCUGCAGUCACUCACUCACAAACCACAAGGUUGUGAGUUCAAUCCCACCCAGUCAGGAUCAACUCCGCCUUGCAUUCUUCUGAGGUUGCUAAACCGAGUAACCAGCUUGUUGGGCAGCAAUUAGCUUACACAUUGUAAACUGCUUAGGGAGUGCUUAAGUGCACUGAUAAGUGGUAUAGAAAUAUACUUGCUAUUGCUAUAACCCUUGACAACUCCUGGAAGGCAGGGCUGGGGAUUUAUAGAUCAGCAGCUCAAUGCAGCUGCUGCUUAUUAAUUGCUGCUUCUUAUAAAUCCUCUGAGACCUCCUCAAGCCCCCCCUUUGUUGUCUCUGCUUGGUGAAAGUAGGAAUUGGUAAGUUGUCUUCUAAAUCUGAAUGGGCAGGAUUCUCUUCCAGAGCUGGUCCUGCAUUCUGGUCUGUCUCUAAAGCUUGUAACUCUGGAACCUCCUCCAGCUCUGGUUCAGCAGCAGGUUCCAACAGGUCCACUGAGUCAGAGUCCAUUUCCAUGCUCUGGAAGCAGGGCAUGACAGCACUAUUUGGUGAAGGGCAUUGCCUCCAGGAGUUUGCUGUGGCAUGUUGACAAUUUCCUGGCCAUCUUCCUUGCUGCCUCCAGGCAGAUGGACCUGGUCUCCCUUCAAUAAGCAGAUCCAGGAGACACCCUCUUCUUAAGAUGUCACCCAGUGCAACCAGCACUCCCUAGAAACCAUUGAUGCACAGCACCCCACAGCAGUCUGAUAGUAAUCUGGAAGUAAGUGGGUGGAGAGCGAAGGGGGAAGUUCUAUGGGGUUCAUAGCUGUUACUGGUUUGUGGGAUAAUGCAAGGGCUGUGGAUGAACAAACAGAAGCCAGCAAAACCUCCCAUUCAAAAAAAGAGAGCAAUACAUAGCAGAGGAUGAACAGCAGGCCAGGGAGGAGAGGACUCAAAGCAAGAGAGGUGAGAUGGUGUGAAGCUUUCAAGCUUCUAGUCCAUAAUGGGAAAUUUUCAGCUGUGCCUGAAAAGCAAGAAAGGCAAGAUGGACUACAUUUGCUGAGACCUGUUCCUCAGGAGGACAGUGUCCUUUGGAUUACAGGUGACACAGCUCAGGGUACAGGACACAGCUCAGUCUGGCCAAAGGGAGCAGCAUGUUGCUAAGUCCAUUGAUGGUUAGACCCAAAGGGUUCAUUCUGCAGAAUAAGACCCAAGAUUAGCAUGCCCUCACAGAUGAAAACUGGGACAGAUUGUGACUUACCAGCAUCAGAGUGUUGCAAAAGCUAUUAAUGAGGAAGAAUACACAAGCUAGGAAAGGCUGCAGCAGUUUGCUUUUGCCUGAGCCUCCUGGGAAGGACAAGAUUCCUCCUCUUCUCAUCUUUUCUUCCUCCACUAAAUUAAUUGAGUGCAGAUUUAAUUAGCAAGGUGGAAUAUGCUGCCUUGGUGGGUGAUGGAGUCUCCUUCUUUGGAGGUUUUUAAUCUGUCCAUCUGUUGGAGGUGCU